AUGCAUCCGGCCAAGAGGAGACGCCUGGACCAGUCUGCUGCAUCGUUGACCAAGCCUUUUCGCUCACCGCUACGAAAACUUUCGAGCAAUCGUUCCCACAAGGGAGAGCUUUCCAGCCCGGAAACAAGGCUUCAAGAAGCCACUAACAAAUCCUCGCCGCCCGUGACCCUAUCUCAUGAUGCAGAUAAAACAUCCGCAUCGCCUGUUGUCUCCAAAUCUACCAACCCUGAUCGACAGAUCCACCUAUGUCUUGACCGCAGAGGUCAUCAGAAGCAACAUGUUGCUCUGUCCCUUCAAUUGAAGAAACUUUCCCAUUCGCUUGAGCUUGCUCAGCAGGUCUUACAUAUCGAAACGUCGCAACAGGACGUACAGUUGCGGAGCUUGAUCUCGAAAUGGAAGAAGGUUGCUCGAGACGUCGCUGAACAGCUUUUUGAGGAAGCAAAGGAGCGCAUCGAUGAGAUGGGUGGGUUCAAAGCCUGGCAAGACCGCUCACGAGAGGAUGCUCGUCUUUGGCACGAUGAUCAGAGGACAAGCUACGAAUCUCGUCAAUUGAAAGUCGACGAUGAAUGUUCUUCCGAGUCUACAACUACUGGCACAGAGAGACGCCGCACAGCAGAGAUUUCGACAGAGCACGACACCGAUUCCAGUUUCUUCACUAUGGAAAAGAUGCUUCAGGUGAUGAACAUCGACCUGAAGCUCAUCGGGUAUGACAGACAAUCCGAGGGAUGGAUUGAUUGA